AUGCUGCAACCAGCAAUGGAGCGCUCUACUUCUACAGGCAGCGCUGGCGGAGCCGCGGAGGUUGUCGGCUCGCCAACAAAAUGGGUUCUGACCGACGAAGGGCUCUGGAGUCCGAACAAGUCAGAUCUGAAGCUGGCCGGCUCUGUGGGCAGCAAGGAGAACCAAGACUUCACCGAGCCGGACGAGGAGCCACGACGCCAGAUCUCCAGCAUCUCACGUCAGAUCUCCACCUUCUCACGGCAGCAGUCCAGUUUGUCCCAGCCCUUCUCCGAGAUCGAUUUGAACGUUGACUUUCAGGAGGUCGUGCGUCAGCUGAGCGAAGCCCAGGAGGCGGCUGCCGAGGCGCAGCGCCAAGCGGCCGAGGCAGAGGCACGGCAGGCUCGCGCAGAAGCUGCGUUGGCUAAGGAGGCCGAGGCAGCCAUGAGACGCAAAGAGAAGGCAGCUGCGAUUUUGGAGGAGGCACGGCAAAAGCGCUUGAGCCAGCAGAAGGCUGAGAAGGCCGACAAAGCCGAGAAGGCCGACAAAGUGGACACGAAGCCACGGAAAGCGGAGCCCCUUCCGGAGUUGGAGAAGGCCUAG